AUGACGUCAAAUGCACAGAAAAAACGUGAAUAUUUCUUGCGACACGGAGCACUGUCACUGAGCGUACCAACUCGAAGGAAAUGGUAUAGAAAAGUGCCUCCAAUGGAUUUCCAGGAAAAUACCGCUGAAAGAAAUUGUUCUGAUUUGGGGUUGAGUACGACUUCCAACCAACUAAUCAGUGCAGUAGCAACUUGGCAUAGUAUUCAUGCAAGCUUGAUGAAACUUGGCCUUUCAAGUGAUGGUACACCAUCGGAAAAAAUGAUCGAAGCAUCAUCCAAAUCAUCUAGCUCAAGGAGCAACAGCUAUUCCACCGAUUCAUUCAUCAGUUGUAUCAGCGAUGAUUCACUGAGUGGGAACCAAUCCAGUGAUGAAAGUUUGGAUGAAAAAUUAUUCAAUUAUCACCCGCGAAUAUCCAUUUCAAAUCUGGAACUUCGAAGUUCACAGCUGAAGGAAAUAUUUCCCGGGUUGUCGGAACAUUGGAGGUGUUUUUAA